GUUAUGAGCUGCAAUUCCGCCUGGGUCCUACUUUGCAAGGCAAGCAUGUUACAGUGUCUACAAACUACCCAGCUCCUGGAGAAUUGUUUGAUCGCCACAAGUUCAGAUGCUUAACGUGGCACAACCCAACAGGAAAAGAAGAUGAUUCUGACAAAUAUUGUAAAUUAGAACUCCAGAUUUCUGGAUCAUACCAAUAUUACUUCACUCAUGAGAAUCAGAAAGGUGGUGGAGGUUAUCUAGUUGUUGAUCCUAUUUUACGUGUUGGUGCUGACAAUCAUGUCUUGCCCUUGGAUUGUGUUACACUCCAGACAUUCCUAGCCAAGUGUCUGGGACCAUUUGAUGGAUGGGAAGAUCGUCUUAAAGUUGCAAAAGAAGCUGGUUAUAACAUGAUUCAUCUAACCCCAGUGCAGAAACUUGGUCUGUCUAGAUCAUGUUACUCAUUGGCUGAUCAGCUGGAAGUUAAUCCUGACUUUUCAUCUUCCAGCAAAAAAUGUUCUUGGAAUGAAAUGGGGAAACUAGUCGAAAAAAUGAAAAAUGAAUGGAAUAUGCUUUGCGUUACAGAUGUAGUCUACAAUCACACUGCUUCAAACAGUGAAUGGGUGACUCAGCAUCCCGAGUGCGGGUACAACCUUAUAAACUCCCCUCACUUGAAACCAGCCUGGCUUUUGGACCGAGCACUUUGGCAUUUCACCUGCAAAAUGGCUGCGGGCAAAUACAGUGACAAAGGACUGCCGCCACUUAUUGAAAAUGACCAACAUUUGAAUUGUAUCCGUAAAAUCUUUUGGGACGAUAUUUUUCCCAAGAUAAAAUUAUGGGAAUUCUUCCAAGUUGAUGUUAACAAAGCAGUGCAGCAAUUUAAAACACUUUUAACUAAAGGUAAACAAAAUAACUCAGAUUCUUUAUACACAAAAAAUUUAUUAGCCAUUUAUCAGUAUCCACUUCAUUAUUGCUUUUGCAGGUACUUUACCUACCCAUUUAAAGACCUAACCCUGGAGGAGGAGGAAGUUAUGAUGCACCAGCCUGACAAAGCAAGUUAUUUUAUGGCCUUCAAUGGUUGGGUGAUGGGAGAUGAUCCUCUGAAAAAUUUUGCUGAACCAGGUUCAAAUGUCUACCUUAGAAGAGAGCUUAUUUGCUGGGGUGAUAGCGUCAAGCUGCGAUAUGGGAAUAAACCAGAAGACUGCCCAUAUCUAUGGGCUCACAUGAAAAAAUAUACUGAAAUUACUGCCAAAUAUUUCCAUGGAGUGCGUCUUGACAAUUGCCACUCUACUCCUCUUCAUGUGGCUGAGUAUAUGAUGGACACAGCUAGAAAAUUACGGCCCAACUUGUAUAUAGUGGCUGAACUGUUCACUGGAAGUGAAGAGCUGGACAAUAUCUUUGUGAAUAAAUUGGGCAUUAGUUCUUUAAUAAGAGCAUCGAUCUGCUUACGAUGCCCUUCCCAGCUCAACAAUUGUUUCCAUGGCCUGCUGUGCUACAGGAAGCACCAGAGGGUACGAUGAACUGGUGCCACAUCAGGUCUUCGUAGACCAAGUUGAUGAAGAUAUUGUGGCUGUGACCAGGCAUUGCCCUAAUACACACCAGUCCGUUGUGGCUGUUUCCCGAACAGCUUUCAGAAACCCUAAGACUUCCUUCUAUAGUCAAGACGUUCCCCAAAUGUGUAUUCCAGCUCAAGGAAAGUAAAAUAAUAAAGCAAGCUUCAAUUUCCACAAAAGGUCCUAAUGAAUUUGUUCAGGAAAUAGAAUUUGAAAAGCUUACACCAGGGAGCGUGAUCAUAUUUAGAGUUAGCCUGGAUCCAAAGGCACAAGAUGCUGUAGGAGUACUUCGUAACCAUCUAAUCCAGUUCAGUCCUCACUUUAAAUCUGGAAGUCUGCCUGAUGACAGUUCAGAAGCUAUACUGAAAACCCCCUUUUCGGUUAUUGCAUCAAAAUUAACAUUGGCGGAUCUAAAUCAACUACUGUAUCGUUGUGAUGCAGAAGAACAAGAAGAUGGUGGUGGAUGUUACGACAUACCAAACUGGACACCUCUUAAAUAUGCAGGCCUUCAAGGAAUAAUGUCAGUGAUGGCAGAAAUACGACCAAAUAAUGACUUGGGCCAUCCUUUCUGUGGCAACUUGAGAGCUGGAGAUUGGAUGAUUGACUAUGUGAGCAAUCGCUUAAUUUCUCGUGCUGGAGCUUGCUCCGAUGUUGGGAAGUGGCUGAAAGCAAUGUUUAUCUACUUGAAGCGGGUCCCUCGUUAUCUCAUUCCAUGUUAUUUUGAUGCUAUAUUAGUGGGUGCAUAUACUACCCUUCUUGACUUGGUUUGGAAACAGAUGUCCAGCUUUGUUCAGAAUGGUUCAACGUUUGUUAAACAUCUUUCCUUGGGCUCAGUCCAGAUGUGUGGAAUAGGAAAAUAUCCAUCUUUGCCACCUCUGUCUCCUGCCUUAAAGGAUGUCCCUUAUAGGCUGAAUGAGAUUACAAGAGAAAAAGAACAGUGCUGUGUUUCUUUAGCAGCUGGUUUACCUCAUUUCUCAUCUGGCAUUUUCCGUUGCUGGGGGAGAGACACCUUUAUUGCACUGAGAGGACUGAUGUUAGUUACUGGACGCUACUUAGAAGCAAGGAACAUAAUAUUAGCAUUUGCCGGCACCCUAAGGCAUGGUCUCAUUCCCAAUCUGCUUGGCCAAGGUACUCAUGCCAGGUACAAUUGUCGUGAUGCUGUGUGGUGGUGGCUUCAGUGUGUACAAGAUUAUUGUAAAACCGUUCCAAAUGGCACAGACAUUCUCAACUGUCCGAUAUCUAGAAUGUAUCCUACUGAUGAUUCUCUACCUCAGCCAGCAGGCAAAAUGGAUCAGCCAUUAUAUGAAGUGAUCCAGGAAGCAAUGCAAAAGCACGCCCAAGGCAUAGAUUUCCGAGAGAGGAAUGCUGGCCCACAAAUAGAUCGAAAUAUGAGAGAUGAAGGCUUUAAUGUAACUGCAGGAGUGGACAUGGAAACAGGCUUUGUCUUUGGAGGGAACCGUUUUAAUUGUGGUACCUGGAUGGAUAAGAUGGGAGAGAGUGAUAAAGCUCGCAACAAAGGAAUUCCAGCAACUCCAAGAGAUGGUUCUGCUGUGGAAAUUGUUGGUCUAUGCAAAUCAACAGUUCGCUGGUUACAGGAAUUGUCGGUGAAGAAGUUAUUUCCAUAUCCUGGAGUUACUGUGAAAAAACAUGGGAGAGACGAGACCUUUACAUACGAUCAGUGGAACAGAAAAAUCCAAGCCCAUUUCGAAAAGCUGUUUUUUGUCUCUGAAGACCCAAAUGAUCCCAACGAGACACAUCCAACUCUGGUUCAUAAGCGGAGCAUAUACAAAGACAGUUACGGAGCAUCAAGUCCUUGGUGUGAUUAUCAGCUGAGGCCCAAUUUCCCUAUAGCAAUGGUUGUGGCACCUGAAAUGUUCUUUCCUGAGCAUGCUUGGAAAGCACUUGAAACGUUAGAGAAAAAAUUACUUGGUCCACUUGGGAUGAAAACUUUAGACCCAGAUGAUAUGGUUUAUUGCGGUGUUUACGAUAAUGCCUUAGACAAUGAUAAUUAUAAUGUUUCUAAAGGAUUCAAUUACCAUCAAGGACCUGAAUGGCUUUGGCCAAUUGGAUAUUUCCUUCGUGCCAAGCUAUACUUCUCCAAGUUAAUUGGUCCAGAGAUCUAUGCAGAGACUGUGUUUUUGAUUAAGAAUGUUCUUUCUCGCCAUUAUGUUCAUCUUGAGAGGUCUCCUUGGAAAGGGCUUCCAGAAUUGACUAAUGAAAAUGGUCAAUAUUGUCCGUUCAGCUGUGAAACUCAGGCUUGGUCAAUUGCUGUGGUCCUUGAGGUUCUCUAUGAUUUGUAACAGUAGUUGUCUGUCGUAUAAAACUGCUAGCUUUUGUCUGGAAUGCAAAUAACAAUGCUUGUCUUAUUGUUAAAAAUCCUACUGAUAGACGUUGUUAAUGCCUAUUGUUCCUUGGCAACUGUUAGGACUGUGCGAGUGUUCAUCAUUUGAGAAUCACACCAGAAUCUUUAAAAUCAAUGAGUGUAUCUUAAAAUAUGCUCAAUAUGUAUAUGAAGUAUAAAAGCAUAGAAAAUUAGACUUUGAUAUGUUUCAAAUGCCACGUAUCUUCUAUUUCCACAUGUUCUAUUUCAGAAACCAAUUAGAAUGGUAGCCCUGAUUUAAGGUACCUCUAUAUAGGUAGUCUUCAACUUACAACCAAUUGCUUAGUUCCAAUGAACUUACUUGGGGGAUACUGAUAACUCAGAUUCAAAGUUCUGACAGUGGGUCCCGCCACGGUUAUGUGACUGCACUUCAGGCCCUUGGCAAGUGAGCUGCAUUUAUGGCUGUUUGCAGUGGCCUACAGCCACCUGACCAUGUUUUACUAUGGUUUUGCCAAAAAUUGGCAUUUACUUUCGCUAUUCAGCCAAACUGCACCCAUAGCAAACCAUUGCUUCUUUAACAACCAUGUUCCCUUAACAACUACUGCAAAAAAGGCUGUAAAAUCAACCUUUUCUUUAUUUUGCAACCAUCACGAGUUAUGACCACGAUGAGCAGUCUCCAUUAUAGUUAUAAUUUGAUUACUACCUGAAUUUUACAUUUAAGAGCCUUAGAAGCAUAGUACAUCGGACCAGUGGUCCCAUAUUCUGCUCCCCAGUAGCAAUGUUAUAGAAAUAAUAUCCCCCUGCUAAGCAGGACAUGAAUAAAAGAGCUCUCUCCCAUUCAAUGUUACUUGGGAAGGGAUCCAGAGAAGCCCAUUACAUCCGUUACUGAAAAUGCUGGUUAGAAUGGCUAACCAGCAUUAAUCCUGGAUGAGUCAAAUCCCUUCCAAAAGAAAUUUACCAAAACUAUGCCUUGUGUUAGCAAAUUCCCAAUGCUGUUUGAAUAACUUUAUCUACUGUAAUGUCCCACCAUUUAGCUGGCCCUAGAUUCUAGUAUUUUGAGAGUAAGAGGGAGGAAUCUCUCCCACUCUAUCCAUAAAAUGUUAAUAUACCUUUAACCUUUGUCCCCUCCCUUUCUUACCUUCUUGUAAAAACUUUAAAGACACCUUUCCCUCUAUUUUCUUUUUACAAUAGGGCAUAAUUAAUUUGGAGCCAGACUUUGGUUUUCUGUGGCUUAUAUGCUCCAAAUGGGAGCCCUUGCACUGCUCGUUCAGAAUCGUUGAAAAUCUCAAAGCAUACCCAGUGGAGAAGG